CUCCUGCAUCUGUUGUGAUUCGACUGAAGAAGGGUUUGUGUUUAAAGCAUCUUUAAACACCGUACAAUCAACUCGAAAGUGCGCUGACUACUGAACUAGAGCACUGAUUGAGACACACCCAGAGAUUCAGUUUAGUUUUCUUUGUUACUCUCAUCUUAAUCAGGACAGAGUGUCCAAACACAGAGAAACUCCCGCUGAAGCGACUGAGAGCCUCGUCACACACUUAUAAAGAUGGCGUUUAUUAAAGAGGAGACUGAAGACUUCAGGAUUGAAGAAGUGUUCAGUCUGAAACAAGAAGAGACUGAGGAACAAACAGACUUAAUAGCAAUGAAAGAGAAAGAAGUACUGAAUGAAAUUGAAGAGAAAGAUCAAUAUGGGAAUCUUCAUGAUUUCACAACUGGAGAAAAAUCUUUUAGACGUUCGCAGACUGAAAAGACUUCCACACGAAAAAAAGCUCAAAGAAGUUAUUUCACUUUCAAUCAACAAGGAAACCUUAAAGUCCACACUGGAGAGAACCCUUUCACCUGCCAACACUGUGGAAAAAGUUUCACUCGUAAAGUAAGUCUUGACGUGCAUAUAAGAAUUCACACUGGAGAAAAGUCGUACACAUGCCAACAGUGUGGAAAAAGUUUCACUCAAAAAGGAAGUCUUAACACGCACAUGAGAAUUCACGCUGGAGUGAAGCCUUACACAUGCCCUGAGUGUGGAAAGAGUUUCCAUCAACAUAUAAACCUUAAAGCCCACAUGAGGUUUCACACUGGGGAGAGCCCUUUUACCUGCCAACAGUGUGGACAAAGUUUCAAUCAUAUAAUCAGCCUUAAGAGGCACAUGAGAGUACACAAUGGAGAGAACCCUUACACAUGUCAGCUGUGUGGUGAGAGUUUUGCUCAACUUGUAAACCUUGAAGCCCACAUGACAAUACACAAUAGAGAGAGUCCCUUCACCUGCCAACAAUGUGGAAAAAGUUUUGCUCAUAAAGGUAGCUUUAACGUCCACAUGAGAGUUCACACUGGGGAGAAGCCUUACACCUGCCAACAGUGUGGAAAGAGUUUCUCUCAAAAAGGAAGCCUUAACUUGCACAUGACUGUUCACACUGGAGAAAAGCAUUACACUUGCCCUGAGUGUGGAAAGAGUUUUGCUCAUUAUGGAAACCUCAACGUCCACAUGAGAGUUCACACUGGAGAGAAGCCUUACACCUGCCAACAGUGUGGAAAGAGUUUCACUCGUAAAGUAAAUCUUGACAUGCAUAUAAGAAUUCACAAAGGAAAAAAGUUGUACACAUGCCAACAGUGUGGACAAAGUUUCAAGCAUAAAGUAAGCCUUAACAAGCACGUGAGAAUUCACACCGGAGAAAAGCCUUACACAUGUCAGCAGUGUGGUGAGAGUUUUGCUCAGCGUGUAAACCUUAAGGUCCACAUGAGAGUCCACACUGAAGAGAACCCUUACACAUGCCUUCGUUGUGGUGAGAGUUUUGCUCAACUUGUAAACCUUAAAGUCCACAUGAGAGUCCACAAUGGAGAGAACCCUUACACAUGCCAACAGUGUGGAAAGAGUUUUGCUCAGCGUGUAAACCUUAAAGCCCACAUGACAAUACACAAUGGAGGGAGUCCCUUCACCUGCCAACAAUGUGGAAACAGUUUCACUCAGAAAGGAAGCUUUAACGUCCACAUGAGAAUUCACACUGGGGAGAAGCCCUUCACCUGCCAACAGUGUGGAAAGAGUUUCUAUCAAAAAGGAAGCCUUAACUGGCACAUGACUGUUCACACUGGAGAAAAGCAUUACACCUGCCCUGAGUGUGGAAAGAGUUUUGCUCAUCAUAGAAACCUUAACGCCCACAUGGUAAUUCACACUGGAGAGAGCCCUUUCACCUGCCAACAGUGUGGAAAAUGUUUCACUCGUAAAGAAAGUGUUGACAGGCACAUGAGAGUUCACACUGGAGAGAAGCCUUACACAUGCAAACAGUGUGGAAAGAGUUUUGCUCAACUUGGAAACCUUAAAGCCCACAUGAGAGUUCACACUUAAAAGAGUCCCUUCAGCUGCCAACAGUGUGGACAAGUUUUCAAUCAUAAAGGACUCCUUAACAGGCACAUGAGAAUUCAAACAGGAGAAAAGCCUUACAUC